GCUAAAGCUAAUGAUAGCGAACACUGACAGCUGCCGGUUCUGUAGCAGUCUGGGUGCUCAGACAGAAAAAUGGCUGAGGCGGUGGCAAAGGUGGCCCAGAGGGUUAAUGAGGCAGUAGAGGAAGGCAAAGACAGUCUGGACCUGUCGAACUGCCAGCUUGUUUCUUUCCCUGACGGUGUGUUCAAGCUCCUGAGGAACGUCACAGAAAACAUCUGUGUCAUCACGUUGGCGGAUAAUAAGCUAAAGUCCAUCUCCAGCAAGUUCUUUGAAACUUUUACUCAUCUCAGAGAACUUGACCUGCAGGGUAAUGUUCUCACCAAACUGCCUGACACUGUGGGGGAAAUGGAGCAUUUGACCUUCAUCAGUCUGGCUCAUAACAGCUUCUCCAUCUUUCCCGACAAGCUGGCUGAAAUCGCCUCUCUGGAGAAGAUUGACCUUGAGGGAAACAGCCUCGUCGAAAUACCUCUGGAGAAGCUGUCCAUCAUGCCAUCUCUGAAGUCGCUAAACCUAAAGUCAAAUCCUUUGGAUGUCAACGCUCGGUCUGCUCUGACAUCUCCCCACAAAUUUGAGAUUUUGCUGGCAAACGAGUCGUAAAACAUGUCAAAAGUAUUUGACACCAGAUACAGACUGUAUGCUUUGUGCCUUUAGUUGCUUUGA